GAAAGCGAGAAAGCGCAUGAUUUGUAUCAUGUGUUUACAAUCAUCAUACCCCUCAACCGGAUUGGCUGUCCAGCAAAACCCGAACCUUUUUACCCAACACCAAUACUUGCAUAAAAAUCCUGUCUCCUAGUAUGCCCCAGCUACACACGAUAUCGGAGUCUUCCUGAUAGCAACAAAUAAGUAAAAAAAAAGGACACAGACGGACACUGGGAGAGGAUCAUGUUUACGUUGACUCUAGCCCUUCUGGGACUCGGUAUAGGACUGGUGGCUAAUGCUUUCCCCACACAGCAGCCUGAAAACGGGAAGAACUGGGUGGUGAUUGUCGCUGGCUCCAAUGGCUGGUACAACUACAGACACCAGGCUGACGCGUGCCAUGCGUACCAGAUCGUCCACAAGAAUGGCAUCCCUGACGAGCAGAUUGUUGUGAUGAUGUAUGAUGAUCUGGCAACCAAUGAGGAGAACCCCACCCCAGGGGAGGUGAUCAACAGACCCAAUGGGACAGACGUCUACAAGGGAGUCCCCAAAGACUAUACCGGCGAGGCUGUGACCUCUGACAACUUCCUGGCGGUGCUGAAGGGUGACUCUGCAAGUACAAAGGGGGGUUCUGGGAAGGUGCUGAAGAGCGGUCCCAACGAUCAUGUGUUUGUGUACUUCACGGAUCACGGAGCGCCUGGUCUGCUGGCCUUCCCCAAUGAUGAUCUUCAUGUUGCCGACCUCAUGGCUGCUAUCAACUACAUGCAUGAGAACAAGAAAUACAAAAAGUUGGUGUUCUAUAUCGAGGCCUGUGAGUCCGGAUCAAUGAUGACCAAGCUGCCCGCUGACAUCGAUGUGUAUGCCACCACAGCAGCCAACUCUCAUGAGUCGUCCUAUGCUUGCUACUAUGAUGAGGAGAGAGACACCUACCUGGGGGACUGGUACAGUGUUAACUGGAUGGAAGACUCUGAUGUGGAGGACCUGAGGAAGGAGACCCUGAUGAAACAGUUCAAGAUGGUCAGGAGCCGCACCAACAGCAGCCACGUCAUGCAGUUUGGAAACAAGACUCUGGCCCAUAUGAAGGUAAUGGCGUUCCAAGGUAAUGCCAACGCCCAGCCUGCCCCCCCCAUGACCCUGCAGCCCGUAGUGGACCCAGAACUGACCCCCAGCCCUGACGUCCCCCUGGCUAUCCUCAAGAGGAAAUACAUGAACACCAACGACAUCACCGCAGCCAGGAAGUAUCUCAGCCAGCUCAACUCACACCUCAAGGUGCGUGAGCUGCUGGGAGAGACGAUGCGCAAGGUGGUGGAGUGGGUGACGGGAGACGAGAGACUGACUCAGAGGGCUCUGAGUGACAAGCUGGAUCUGACCCAGGACCAGUGCUACAAGGCUGCUGUCAGACACUACAAGACACAAUGCUUCAACUGGCACACCACUGAGUAUGAGUACGCUCUGCGGCACCUGUAUGCGUUGGUCAACCUGUGUGAGGGAGGAUACCCAACAGAAAGUAUCCUGAUGGCAAUGGAGAGAGUGUGUCACUUCGACUAGAUGGAUCUUCCUGAACACACACCUCCGACCAGGCUGCUGUGCCUCCAGACAGGAGACUGUGAGAAGACCACGGUUCUCUUUCACUGACAAGGAAUUUAUUUAUAUCAUCACUACUAUAUCACUUUUCUUCUAAUACGUUACAUUUCAAACAUAUUUUUUUUUCCAACCCGGUUUUAAUGAUAGAUUUUAUUUUUUAAAUGUGUUUUAUGAUGAAUUACACUAUGUCCCUGUGAGCAUAUAUAUAUAUUUUUUUAUGAGAAUAUUGUUUUACUGCUCUGAUUUUCUAUUAACACUAAUGACAGGAGAUCAGGAUCCAGUUUGGCGCCCCUUGGGUGUCGGCUCUGCUCUGCUGGAGUAUGUUGAACUUCCCCCUAGUUUCUGAUCUUAGGUCAGUUCUGCUUCCCCCCCCCCCACACAACCAAUGGUUGAGUUUAGGAUUGGAGAAGUUUUUAUUAAAAAAUUUAAAUUUUUUAGAAGUGGACUCAGAUCCUAGACCUGUACUUAGGCGAAACGUCACCCCUGAGCGUGACUGACCUUGGAAGGUUGAAUCCUACAGCAUCACAUACUAUCUGCAAGAUAACCCAAUCUCCUGUUUUUAAAGGCUCAUGUUGAUGAUGUCACACGGAUUUUGAAAUAAAACCUGGACAGUCUAAAACAGCUGGAAAAUGACUUCAUUGCUCUCGCUGUCUGUACCUUCUACAUCUAGUCGAGGUUUAAUUAAGAUAUUGCCAGAGUCAAAUCAUUGUUUUGUCUUCUGGCGUGAGUCAUUUAUCAUAUUAGGAUUGUAGCUGAUGUUCCUGGUUCUGCUGAGGAAAGGUACAGACGUCUAUAUUAUCAAAUACAAUAAAGCGAUGAUGUUUUUUUGUGUGUUUUUUUUUAAGUUGAUGGCUGCUGAAGUUUAUGAAUGACUAGUUGUAUAGGAUACCAAGUAGACCGGUUCAGUUUGGGAGGAGGGGGUGGACUGCAGUAGUAAUAGCAAACUAGGAUAAUUUUGUAUAAAAUGGUCACUCUUGGAAAUUGAAAAAUAAAAUCUCUGUUCAGAA